ACCUUGAUCAACCCCACCAUCGGUAUAUAUCUUAGUUUUGAAGCUGUGAUCUAAGAAACACCAAUAUCUCUGCCAUCGCAGAGGUGAAAUUCCUGGAACUUCUUAUAAGAAACCGCUCCAUGUAAUACUUCUCUCAAUGUAAUGCACGCAUUUCUUAUACCAUUGAGUCCCUUCCAUACAGACAGCAAUACACUAUGACAGCAAUACACUAUGCACUAAUACAAUACACUGACAUAAAAUUCUAAUUCUAAAUUCUAAAUUCUUGAUGAUUCCUACCAGUUAGUGGGGAGGCCACUGUUGUCCAGAAAACCUGAAAAGACUCACACAGCCCAGCCAGGAGACGCCAAAUUGUCGUGGAAAUUAGCAAGGAAACACUCGCAGACCUCUGAAGCUGGCUACAAAUCUUUUUCGCUGGUAUGGAAAUCGAUGAAACAACUUUUGUCACCUUGAUCAACCCCACUGUCGGUAUAUAUCUUAGUUUUGAAGCUGUGAUCUAAGAAACACCAAUAUCUCUGCCGUCGCAGAGGUGAAAUUCCUGGAACUUCUUAUAAGAAACCGCUUCAUGUAAUACUUCUCUCAAUUUAGUGGGGAGGCCACUGUUGUCCAGAAAACCCGAGAAGACGCACGCAGCCCAGCCAGGAGACGCCAAAUUGUCGUGGAAAUUAGCCAGGAGACACUUGCAGACCUCUGAAGUCCUCUGAAGCUGGCUACAAAUCUUUUUAGCUGGUAUGGAAAUCGAUGAAACAACUUUGGUCAGCUUGAUCAACCCCAUCUACUUCCCUGGCAAAUUGUGGCAUUUGGUGAACGAUCCUCAGAUUCGCUCAAUCUGUUGGGACGCCACCGGGGAAGGAAUACUUGUCCAUCAGCAACCCUUCGAAGCUGAAGUGCUAUUGUCCCAACCCAGGCAGUUGACCGAGUACUUCAGAACGACGGACUUCAUCAGUUUUGUUCGCCAGCUGAACCUGUACGGCUUCAGAAAAGAACGCACAGACCGUGAUGUCUCAGACAAGCAACCCAACAUCUCUAACAUUAAAGCCCAACUGCACCACUUUCACAACCCGUACUUCAAACGGGAUAAGCCUGAGCUUCUGCUCAAACUAAAGCGACUCACGCGUCUCAACAGGGCCAAGCUCGCCGGGAUAGAGGUGACCAACAGGAAGUCAAAACCUUGCCAUAAUGUGAUGCUGAAUUCGCCACAGGAAACCUCUGCCUUAAUGAAAACAGGUUCAGUCUUGCUUGGACAUCAGGGAACCCCUUACCAUCAUCCCUGUAAUGGCCCUCAGCAGGAGAAGGAGUGCGACAGAAUGUCCAAAUCCUACCAAGCAUUUGUAGUGGGCCAUGUUGAUCCUUCUCCAGUUACUUUAAACACUAACAACGUUGUGCCGGUCCCUGUGUCCCACCACUUCCCAGUGGACUCGCCGAGUGCACAUCCCUCCAGCGUCAUGCACAUGCAGCAGGGCGUCAUGCCUCAUCACUCCCAGCACGGAUUUUACACACCAGUGAAUCAGUGCCGUAGCCCAGACUUCUUGGAUUCAAAAGUGCCAAGCUUUCAACAACCAGCUGCUUCCUACUCUCCUUGUGGCUAUUACCCUGACUACUCAGUCGGAUACGCUCAUCCGAUUGAUGAGGAUCCAUACCGGAAAGCAGGUGAUGUUCCAGAGUCCAGGACGAGUGACAUGAAAGAGAAAGAGGAGCUGGAUAUUUUAAAACUGGCGGAAGAAUUACAGGUCAGAUUAGAUGAUUUCCCAUCAAGAACAGCUCUGAGUGUGUAUCUGUGCUUACAGUGUAGUCAGAGCUGCCGUAGUACCAUAAGCUCCAAUAGUCUGAAUCCAGGACCAACAACUGUUUACACAGUUCAAGAACAUACAGUGCCCUCCACUAAUAUUGGCACCCUUGGUAAAUAUGAGCAAAGAAAGCUGUGAAAAACUGUCUUUAUUGUUUAACCUUUUGAUCUUUUGUUCAGCCUUCUUUGCUUAUAUUUACCAAGGGUGCCAAUAUUAGUGGAGGUCACUGUAUGUGGUUUAAAUCUCACGUUCUCAUAUCAAACUCAUCAGAAAUCAUACCAAAUGCUAACAUUUAGCAUUUCUACCACACACUGUUAAGUCUUGUUGUUUUUUAAUUCUCAACUAUAGUGAUGCACCAAAAUCUUUGGCCAGUUAAUCAGGAUUUUUUCAUUUCUUAACCUGUUUAUUUGCAAAAUUUAUGCAAUUUUGAUUUUACUUUCAGGAAAACUGAAUUAGGUACGGAAAAACACUGACACUGUAGUGUAACCAUAAAAUGUUUGCAGUGUAAAUCAGUGUGUAGCCACCAUUGUUAAUCCAUAUUAUUCAUUAUAUUCAUUCCUUAUUUCUGUUCUUGCACCUGUUUUAAAAUAAUCAGCACAUGACUGAACAGAACUUUUUUGUCAUGAAUUUGCAAUCAGAAGCUUAUAGACUUGUUUGUGAGGUAAUGGAUUUGAGUUUAUGGGUGCGUCUCAAUCAGCUCCAUAGUUCAGUAGUCAGGACACUGAUCAGGGAGUGGACCAUUUGAAGGGCUGUCUCAAUUGCGAAAUCCUACCAGUGUGCACUGGGACGUUUGCUCCCUAAAAAAUCCCACAAUGCACCACGAAGACCUAGGAGCAUAGAUGUUCACUAUUUUCCCUUACUGAAAAUGAUGCCAUAUUUUCAGAAGCCUCUCAGAUCGAACAAUGUGACGGACGAACGCUGUUGUUGUACCUCUCAAAUGAUUACUUACGUUAGCGAUUUUUAACUUUAUUUGACGUUCUAUAUAUUGUUUAUUUGAGUCUAAUGACUUUAAUGAUUUUUAAAAAAUCUACUAACUAGUCUACGAUCCUACUUGAAGUACCAUGACAGACAAUUUAAUAUGACAUAUAAUGUUAGAAAGAUGUCCGUCCUGCAUGUUGUGGUUAAGUGCCGGUAACAUUUCGCGUUGUAAAACAUCACCAGUACGUAGUCAUGUUACCGGAAAUUGAGUCAUCACUGUCCUAAUUUGUAGUUAGUCAGGGUCUUUACCAGUGCCCGAGCUCAUGUACACCGUAUACUGAUUCACCACCUAGGGAUCUAGAGAGCUGAUUGAGACGCACCCUACUGUAUGUUUUGUGUAAUGUGAAACAUUAAUGUUGGUGUUUUCUAUA